UAAGCGCUCACAGCGGGGACUGAUGCUCCACUCGGAGGCGAACGCGCCCGUACCUCGUGUGUGAAGCGGUUCCUGAAGCGAUCGACUGUGCUUUGGUGUCUUUUUUUUAUCAUGAUGGAUGACGAGAAAGAACCUCAGACGGAUAAGGGGUCGUGUGACCAGUCAGGCCAUGCUCCACCGUCCUUCUCUGACUCCUCUGCCAGCAGUGUCUCUGGCCUGCAGCGCCCCACAGCUGUAGUGGAGGGUCCUCAGAAGCCAUCUCAGCCCACUGGCCUGGUAGCUAACUUAAAACCCCUGGCCUGCCUCAACCAGCCCAAAAGGAAGUUGUUACCUCGCCCCUCUUCAAAUUCCCCACUCACACCCAGUUACAAAGCGUUUGGCAUUGCUUCUCUCAACCUUGAGAAGGUGCUGCCCCCCACUUCCUUCAACCUCCCUUCCCAAAGCUCGUCCCUCGUCCUUGAGCCCUCUUCCCCGAGCCCAACGUGUCCAAGGCCCACCACCUCAAUCCGUUCAUGUCAGAUCAACCAAAAGCUGAAAGCCAAGAGAUCUCGGAAAUCUGCUUCCCUCAAGCUGGGCCGGAGUUUAGAAGCCUCACUUGCAAGGAUCCAGAAAUUCAAACAAAGAAAGGCUGCGAUUGCCUCACGGCAGAAAUGGACAGGGCGAAAAGCCUCUCCUAAAAAGUCAUUCACCCUCCCCCCACCUCCACCCCCGCCAUCGCCUCUCUCACCACUCCCGCCUGUGAGUUCACGUCAGUGCCAUCCCAUUGAGUUGUUGAUCGCCACUGCACUGCUGGAGCUUCAAGAGCCCUGUCGUCACGAUGAAGACCAGCCCCCUGCCUCUGAGUGUGCAUGUUUGCCUUUAGAUCUGAGCUCGAGGAAAUCCAAGCGCAAGAUCCAAGACGAUGGGUCUGGGACUUCUGAGCAUGUUGACCCUGCAGAGUCCUGGGCGUCCUACUCCAAGCAACGUCUGUUUCCUUCACUUGUGGAGUUGUUUGGAGGAGAGCCUGGCAGUGACAUUCCAGAAAAUUGUGUCUCUGGAAUGCAUUUGGUGGACCACCCUGGGACCCAGGUUCCAGCGGCUGGGCUCCCUGCUGGAAGGGAGGCUAGCAGCUCCAGUGAUGAUGGUGAUUUGGAAGAGUCUGACAAUACAGUGACAGAUAAUGCUGAUAACAGUGCCAUGUGUUGGGAAAAUGGGAUGGAGGUUUGUCUACACACCGGAUCUGUUGAAGAGGUUGUUCAGAACCUGAAGGAGCAGAAGAUCAAGCCUCCUGAGACGGUGACAACACCGACCUCCGGGAGGUCAACUGUUCCUCCACUGAAGGCCCAGGGUCUUCCAUCCAAAGUCCAACCGCUUUGUCAGGCAUCAGAAUGGAGCCCUCUGCAGGUGGAUAAGAUCCAAUCCCCUUCUCAAUUUUCUGCAGUGGAUGGUCAAAGGGGUCGCCCCCGAAAGUCUGCUCCUCAGUCAACCUUCAUCCAACUGAAAGCACAAGAGAUGUUGACCAGCUGGUGGCGAGUGUGUGAUGGUGAGGUGUUGAGAGCCCUGGUGGACUCUCUGCACAGCCGUGGCAUCAGAGAGAAAGGCCUCCAUACCAAGUUAAGUAAGUUUGUGAAUGUGCCAAACACCAUGAAGGUAAGAAUAAUAAAGGCAAAAGGCAGAGUGUAUUGAAUCAUAUUGGAUGGUGUGUAUAGCUGUCUGUCACAUCAACAUGGUCAUGACCUCAAGCGAUCGAAACUGACUUGGACGUCCAGGUCAGCGUGGAGUCUGUGCGAGGCUGGUGUGUGGAGGAGCAGGCCAUGGAGAUGGACAUCGCUGUGCUGAGGCAGGUGGAAGAGCUGGAGAGGAAGGUGACUGCUGCCUUCCUGCAGGCUGAGAGCUGGACAGAGCCCCGCCAACCAAUUUGAAUUGAAGGACUUGGUGUAUUAUGAGCACAAGGCUGAAUCAGCAGCAUCAGCCACAUGGGAUCGAGGGAGGGAGGAGCAGGAGGUGGAGCAACAUCCAGACAACCCGCUGGACAUAGCGGUGACCCGUCUGGGUGUUCUGGAGCGCAGCAUUGACAGGAGGUACCUGAGCAGCCCCCUGGGUCUCCAGAUCAGGCUGGAUGAAGCGGGUGCAGUACCUCCCUCCUCUCCAUCGACCAGCGCCGACAGGCGAGCGAGAGGGACGGCAUGAAGGUUUGGAAGAAAGCCCUGACAAUGGAACAGCUGCAGAGUACUGUCAGAUUUGCAAGGAGGAUGAGAACGAGGAGCUGGUGCUGAUGUGCGACAGCUGUGACAAAGGCUGUCACACCUUCUGCCACAAACCCAUGUUGGCUGCCAUCCCAGAUGGACACUGGUUCUGCUCUGCCUGUGUUGCUAAGGUAUAGUUUGUCUCCUUUUUCCGUAAAAGUGAAAGGGCUGGUGAGUAGGCUGGUGCUCACUAUUUUCGCUCGGAGGCGAAGAGUGUGACACAAGGUGCCCAUGUGGAGUUUGUCACUUCACAGCCCAAGAAAGAAGAGGGAGAGAAGAACAGGAUGAAGAAAGGGGAGGGGAGCCCACCUGCUUAGCCGAGGCCAGUCCAUGUGAAAAGAGCUAAGAAAGGGCGAGACAACAACAGGGAUAUAGAAAUGUGCAGAGUCCUCCUGGCUGAGUUGGAGAGCCAUCAGGAUGGCAGUGCUUUCUUCCACCUAGUCACCCUCAAGUACGAGGAGGCCAUCAAGAAGCCCAUGGAUUUUUCCACCAUCGGGAAGAAGCUUGCAAGCAGCCA